UUCGCUUCCAGUUCCUAGAGAAAAGAGACAUGUUAGAGGCUGGCAGGCCCGCGGAACGGUGCGUCUAGACAGGGUAACGGACACCCUUUACAGAGAUGGGCAACGCUGCCCAAAGAAGACGGAGACGCGUUUGAAUUGUGUAGCUACGACGUGGGUUCGGUGUGGUGUUUCUGGAAGCUCAUAUGCAAGAGUUAUUUAGUGUUUAAAAUGUGGGAGAUGGUGGCGUUACCGAGAGCGAGCUCUCCCUUCCUGUCGUCUAGGACAAGAUGGCAGCAAUGCAGGCGAACUGUACAUGGUAUGGAUUUAUAAGUCCAUAACAUGUUCAGAGAAGCCCUGGAUUAUACUUAUAGUGACUCUAUGUGAAGGUAUGGCCUCACAAGUCUUGGUCUACCCACCACACGUUUAUCAAACCCAGACAAGUGCCUUUAGCAGUGUGAAGAAACUCAAAGUUGAGCCCAGCAGCUGUGUGUACCAUGAGAGGGCACACCCACGGACUUUUCUGAACAGCAGAACCUUUGGCAUUGUGCAUCCAACGAAACAAGCCCACUCGUUUGUGAACCGAGACUUGGCAGUGGGCCUGAAAGUGCGUGGAAGACAAGAGUACCCGGUGCAGACGGUCGUGGUGCGUGGUGUACAGAGACAACAGCCCGGUAAAAGAGGAGGUGGAGCACCAGGCCCAUUUGUGGCCCAGCAGCAAAGAGAAGCAGGGGUUGUCCAGUCACAGGACAAGGAGCAGCAACAGCAGCAGACAGACAUAGCAAGUGGGAGCAGCAGUGGAGCAACAGGGGCAGGAGGAGGAGGAAGGGGAGAGGGUGGUGAGGGAGGUGAAGAGGAAGAGGGCGACAGAGAAGAGAACUGUGGAGGUUUGAACUCAGCUGACAGCUCUCAGCGAUGUGGGCUGAAACGUAAAAGUGAGGAGCUGGAUAACCGAAGGAGCACCAUGCAGAUUGUGGAGGAACUGUCAAUGUUGCCUGCCAUGUUGCAAACGACGACUGUGGGGAAUGCAGCCAUGACAGCCCCAGCGGCUGUGGGGGCUGGAGCGGGCCCCUCCAAACAGGCUGUAGGGCAUGGGGCUGUAGGCGCAGCAGGAGGGACGGGAGGAGUGGAUGGAGACUAUCAGGUUGUGCAGCAUGAAGUCCUCUGUUCCAUGAAGAAUACUUAUGAAGUGCUGGAUUUCUUGGGACGUGGCACAUUUGGUCAGGUAGUGAAGUGCUGGAAGAGGGGCACAGGUGAGGUAGUGGCUGUCAAGAUCCUGAAAAAUCACCCUUCAUAUGCAAGGCAGGGUCAAAUUGAAGUUGGCAUCCUUGCUCGUCUGAGUGGAGAGAAUGCAGAUGAGCACAACCUGGUGCGAGCCUUUGAAUGCUUUCAGCACCGCAGUCACACCUGCCUGGUAUUUGAGAUGCUUGAACAGAACCUGUAUGAUUUCCUGAAGCAAAAUAAGUUCAGCCCACUGCCCCUGAAAGUGAUCAGACCUGUGCUACAACAGGUAGCUACAGCUCUGAAAAAGUUAAAAAGCAUGGGUCUGAUUCAUGCAGACCUUAAACCAGAGAACAUAAUGCUGGUGGACCCAGUGAGGCAACCCUACAGGGUGAAGGUGAUAGACUUUGGCUCAGCCAGUCACGUGUCCAAAGCAGUGUGUUCCACGUACCUCCAGUCUCGGUACUAUAGGGCUCCAGAGAUUAUUUUGGGAUUGCCGUUUUGUGAAGCCAUAGACAUGUGGUCCCUAGGCUGCGUGAUAGCGGAGCUUUUUCUGGGCUGGCCUCUUUACCCCGGGGCCCUGGAGUACGACCAGAUUCGCUACAUUUCUCAGACGCAAGGUUUGCCAGGAGAACAUUUAUUAAAUUCGGGGACAAAGACAGCUCGGUUCUUUUGCAAAGAGUCUGACUCGCCUUAUGCAGCAUGGAGACUAAAGUCAACAGAUGAGCAUGAGGCGGAGACGGGAAUGAAAUCAAAGGAAGCAAGGAAGUACAUCUUCAGCUGUUUGGAUGACAUAGCGCAUGUGAACUUGAUGAUGAAUUUGGAAGGUAGUGACUUGCUGGCAGAGAAGGCAGAUCGCCGGGAGUUUGUGAGCUUGUUGAAGAAGAUGCUGUUGAUUGAUGCAGAAGACAGGAUUGCCCCCGCUGAAGCUCUCAGCCAUCCGUUUGUGACGAUGCAGCACCUGCUUGAUUUUCCACAUAGCAAGCAUGUGAAGUCAUGUUUCCACAUCAUGGAUGUUUGCUGGACUCGUCCCAGUGCAUAUGAGGCCGCAAACCGAAACAAAGGGCCUUUGAUCAGGCCUGUAACUACAACCGCUGCUGCCUCAGCCAAUCACCCUUUCAGCAAGAUGACUGCUGUCCAUCCUCAAGGGUUAGCUCCAUCAGCGGCCUCAGUAAUGCACCCUGGCAUACCACUGCAGACAGGAAGUGGUCAGUUUGGAUGCAAUGAAUCAUUUCAGCAGGCUCUCAUUUUAUGUCCCCCAACCAUUCAAGCAGGAAUCCCCCCCAACACAGCUAAACCAGCAGGUUACUCUGUUCGAAUGGAGGCCUCUGUGCCACUAGUCACACAAGCACCCUCGAUCCAGCCCAUACAAAUCAGACCUGGAGUCAUCACACAGUCUUGGUCAGCUCGUGCACAGCAAAUCUUGGUGCCCACUUGGCAGCAGGUGACAUCGGUGCCCCCACCACCAACCACUAUGGCGUCUGACACAGUGGCUGGCUCACAGAGAUUGGGUGACUGGGGGAAAGUGCGUCCCCAUGGUAACCAUUACAGCUCCAUGAUUGCACACCCUCAGCCAUUCUUAACCAACCAAAUGACCAUGUCCACCCACCAGCCAAUCAACAUAGGCAUUGCACAUGUGGUGUGGCCACAGCCAGCUGCCAACAAGAGAGCCAAGCCCUCUGUGAACAGGUGCAACAUCUCCCAAAACACUAACAUCCAAAAUUUAGCAUGUCAGUCCCCAAAGAUGGCCGAUACAGCAAAGAAUGUGGACGAGGUAGAGGAAGCCAGAUGUCCAGAGGAAGGCCACGCUAUUGGAGAGGAGCGAAGAACAGAGCCGGUGGAGGAGGAGGAUGAGGAUGAGAACUGCUGCAAAGUGGAGCCAGACUGUGAGGAGCUUUCAGUUUCACAGGAGCAGAGACAGGCUAUGGUGAUCACUGACCUCACUAGCCCAACUGUUAGCGUCAUCAGUAUCAGCAGCGAUGAGGAGGAGGGCACGCAAAGACAUUCAAUUGGAGAGUGUAAGGGGAGUGCAGAUUGUGAAGCGUGUCAGAGCACCGUCAGUAUGGAGAGAGUCUGUUCUCUCAGCAGUCCAGACAGUACGCUCAGCACCAGUUCUUCUGCCUCAGCUCAGUCCAGCACAUCACCCUGCAAACACCCCAACAGCAUGUCGGACGAUGAACAGGAGAGUGGUUGUGACACCGUGGACAGCUCGCCUGCAUCACAUACCUCUGGCCAUAGCAACAGUCCCUUCACAGAAAGGCGCUAUAUUGCUGACAGCAACCAGAACUGCGAGCCUUGCGUCGCAUGUGUUGCCCCGGAGACCGAGCCCAGCAAACCAACAGUUCGUACUGUUGUGGUGCCUCCAAUGCGGGUGCAGAACAACAACAAUAACAACCCUGCUGUCAGUGAAACUCAUGGCAACACAGGCUUAGAGUCUUCAUGCCAGUCCAAAGGGCGCAGUUUUCCUGGGCGGCAACAUCAUCACUCCACUCCCCUCCUCAACAGGCCUCAGAAAAUUACCCCUGCAUUCCAGCCCCAGCAACAGCAGCCUAUUGGCUUUGGGCAGGUGCAACAUUUCAGUUCCUGCCAUCAGGAAUGGAACGGCAACUUUUCCCACCGGAGACCACAGGCCUACAUCCCUCCCACCAUGCAUGGGCACACUUUCACUCUCUCCCACAGCAGCCCAAACCACACUACGGGCCCCCAUCCUCACCUUGGAGGACACCCGCACUCCCAGCCCACCAUACUGUCUUACCCUCCAUCUGGUCCUCUGGUCACAGCUGCACCUGUGGCCCACCUCCUGGCUUCUCCUGGGGCCUCCCGCCCCGUCCUUCAGCCAACCUACAGCAUCUCCCAUCCGGCAGGCAUUGUGCAUCAAGUCGCAGUAGGCAUCAACCCCCGGCUGCUACCCUCCCCCACCUUGCACCCCCAGGGCCAGUUCAAGCCCCUCUUUCCCCCGCACUCCUACAUUGCCUCUCCCGCCUACGGCAGUUUCCCUCUCAGCCCUACCAAAAUAAACCAGUACCCUUACAUCUGAGCAUGGCUGCUCAGGUACCCUUCAUACCACCUGAGGGCUAAGUGAGCAGGGCGAAAUAUAUCUUUAACCACAAACAACAUGGUUUUAUUUCUGAAAAACCAUGGCACAACCACAGAGAAAGCAAACUAUUUUUUGAAUCAUGUAGACUUGAGUGUAAUUGAACUUCAAGCUUUAAAAAACAAAAAACCAAAAAAAGAGUUCCAAUGGUAGAGAUGAUUUGGCAAAAAUUAAGAAGGAAGUAAUGUAUGAAUGACUGAAUGAAAGAAUGAAUGAAUAGUUAAACUCACACUUAAUGUGUUUUGCACAUUUGAUAUAUCUUUGCAUUGGAUCUUCUACGAAUACUCCUCAAGACAGGUGAAUAAUUGGGGUGUUGUUGAAUAGUUAGACUUUGCACCCCUGAUCCCAGCUAUUUUUCUAUAUUGCCUUCUUAUGUGUGUGCAAGACACAUUCAUCUUUGUAAAGCCAUCCCAGUCUCUAGCUCUAGAUUGACAGAUGCACAUGUCGUCCACAGUGUACGUCGUACUGCGUUUGAAGUAUUUGUACCUUUUCGGUGUCUUUUGGUGUUUAGCAAUGUCAAGUCAAUUAACCGAAUUAAAUAGGGUUGUUCCUCACGCUGCAUGUGGUCUUGCAUGAGCAAAAAUGUAAACGGAAAGAUGCAUAGACGUUGCUCUUAUUGUUUGUGUCACAAGACUCGCUGCAUUGUAUAACUGUCCCCAGCCAUAGUGCCUUACAUAUUUGAGGUUGUUAAUGUUACUACUUAUAUAUGACUAUAUACAUGAAUAUUAAUGUACUGGACUGCAGCACUUGAAAUUCCAAUCAGUCGAUGCAUCCUAUGUGUGAGUGUAUAUAUAUGCACAUGUGUAUAUGUCCAUGCAUAGCCUGCAUGGAUGUGAUGUAUCGCGGAUAGCGGUGCUUAUUUUUUGGAGUCUGUGUAUAUUUCAGCGUGUAGUGAGUUAAUUUUUUUUUCUUCUGUUCUUUCAAGUAGAGCAGCGUGCUUUGCUGUUGCAAAUGCCUGCUGUUUCAUUCAGUUCAUUUUAUUCUUUUUUUUCCUUCUCAUUCUCCAGUUCCCGAAUGAACUAGUGUACAAAGUGCAAGUACUGAGUAUUGCUUAAUAUUUGAUAAUCACUUUCUAUUCAGUGAAACUCUUACUACUAACAGUAUUUGUACUGUUUGAAACUGCAAUACAAUCUAAAUAGUCGUUGAUUAUUCUUCAUUUUUCAUCUUCGUAUUUUCGUUUUUGAGUGUUUUCACUUUGUUUUUUGUUUUUGUUUUUUUUAGAUGUUUAGAAGUGUGGUGGGCAUGGCUUUGUUUAGGUAAAGAAAAAAUGCAAAUUAAUUCAUGGUAUGGAAUCUUCUAAGCCUGAGCAAACCAUGCAGUAUUUGAUAUACACACAUAUAUGGACAUAUAUUAUAGAGCUAGACUAUUUAGUACAGAUGCUUGAUAAGGUGUGAGUUAAUUGUGUGCAAUUCUCUCAUUUAUGCAUGUGUGACAAAGUUAACUUUUUCACUUUACAUUAUACCAUUUGUUAAAGGCUUACGGCUUAUCGGUGUCAACUGCUUAUUUUAUACAUUCCGUCAGGGAGGAUAUAUAUACAUAUAUAAGACGGUAGCACCAGUCUAUAUAUAUGUAGAUAUGCUGCGUGUGUGCGUUUUUGUUCUAUUUUCUUUUGUUUAUUUUACUAGUUACGUGUGUAGUUUUUUUUUUUUGUUGUUUUUUUUUUUUUUGUCGUCUUUUUAUUUUCAAAUGAAGUUGCUUGUGCAGCACCAAAGACUGUAAUUCAUUUCUUGAGCAAGGUAGCUAUUCUGUUUGCAUAGACCUCAGUUGUACUGUAGUUGUAGAAUGGGGUUAAAUUAAAACAAAAAAAAGUUGUAUUUAAAAAAACAAAACAAAUAAAAAAAAAACAGCUGAGGUUUUGUCUAGCUUAUUGGGCAAUUAAUAAGUCGUAUCAUUUCUUUCUUGAAUGUAUCAUAGAUAAGCUGCUAUAUGAUUGCCACUUCAAUAGCUGUGAAAUUAGGUGAUUUCUCUCUGAGUUUAAACCUAGCGUUGCUAUUUUUGUAUAGGUCCCUAAUUAUCUGAAAUAGAAGUGGUUUUGAUUUUUGUGUUUUGCGUUCAUAUUUGAAGUGUCAUUGUAACUACUGUAUUGCUGAUGAUGAACAUUAGUUGCAUUUGUCGUUUCUCGGGGUGCGUGUUUUUUGCAUCAGUAUUUUAUCCUUAUUAACCUUUUGGGCUCGUCACUGCAUAUAAAUGAUGUAUCGAUGUAACUUAAUUUUUGUAUGUUUUCAUAUUGACGUUUUGUACACAUCUGAAGCUGUAGCUUGCAGGAUUGAGUUAACUUUUUUAUUGUGCGUAAACGGUGUGCUACCAGUACUCUCGUGGGUUAUGAGGGCACUGCGAGGGGGGGAAAAAGAAAACAAAAACAUUGUGUUCCAUUGGAAAACUUCUGUGUUGUUUCCACCAGUCACACACAAACGCACUUGCCACUAAGCACUUAUAGAGGUAGGGAGGCUUGUAAGGGUUUGGGUGAUUAGACUGUAAGAGAGAAAUUUAGCCCAAUUUUUCUGUUCUAAAAUGACGUUUUCUGACUUGUUUUUAUUGUUAAAUUGGUUUGAUCAAAGUAUUUAUUGCAGCCCUUUUAUCUGUUCAAUGUUAUAUCUGGCUAGGAUAUCAGUUUCACAGUUUGAUAUUAUAAACUGCCUUGAGUUCAGAUCGCUCUCCCCUUUAUGAGUGUCUAAUAUCAAAACGAUGUUUUGUCGGUGCGAAACAGUUACCGUUGUGAUAUGUCCUUUCUUGAAAUUGAGACAGUGUGAGCAGCACUGUUUAUGUGCCUUGAGAUUCAGAAAGUGAGAAUUCAUGCUGGUGAUUUCUUCCCGAUUUAUUUGAGGAAGGCGUAGAAUUCAGUAACAGUUCCCUACAGUGUAGAAUGGACAAGUUUUUAGCAGACAUUUGACCAAGAGUUUAAAGAGGAAAGUAAGAAAAACAAGAAGCAGAGAAUAAAAACAACUCAAAGUAGGACUUCAUCGUAGUGAGUCUUCUGAUCAGCUUAUACACAUGAACAGCGUAGUGGUGGUUCUCCGCUUGUUUCAGACAGUCGCCACGUAAAACCUCUCUGAUUAAUACACACAUGCGUGCGCUUUGAAUGAUGCCACACUCACUCAAUGGUCUUUGGAUAGUCACUCUGGCUGAACAGCAGAUGCAAUACUUUACAUUGUGCGGUCAUUGCACCACCAAGUGUUCUUAGAUAAUCUCCAUGCUUUACAUUACCUUGCAUGUACACCUUAGAUGCUUCACUUUGUCUGCCUAGAAGCUGACUGCCUAGAGCAGCGCUCCUAUCAUGCAAGCUGAAGCUGAGUGGGAGUAACCAGAGCACGGCUGACAACACUGGCCUUUUAAAAAUCAGAAGCUAUGCUUUAUAUCCAGCAAGAGUAUAUCUGGGCGUUUUUGUUCUGCGUUCUGGACGAAAAGAGCUCUGUCGAGGAGGUUGUCAUCUUCUCUGUCAGUCAUGAGUGCAAUACUCCACAUUUCGACACUGACAUUGAUAUGGUUGUAUGUUUUUUUUUGUUUUUUUAAUAGCUUUUGUCUGACUUGUAUGCUUUACUGAUCAUACUCAAAUAUCCCUUUGGGAAAGAAAGCUUAUGAUGACAAGGCAUGGACUUGGCAGAUUAGUGCUUGAAAUAGUUCCCCCAAUAAUAAGCAUGUGAAAUGUAAUCUGUGUUUUGAUUCCUUCAAAGGUAUUCACCAGCAAUGCGCCUGCAUAAACUCUCCCGUACUUGUUUAGGAAAAGAAUGGAUGCAAGAGGAGAGAAAUGUUAAAACUGUUUUUAAUUUUCCACAAGAUUGACACCUUGAUUUCUUUUCUUUUCUUUUUUUUGAGGAUUCAUGUAACAUUUAACAGAUAAAACAGUCAUUUGUAAAAUUACUUCUAUUAAUGUUAUGACUUUGAUAUGGAAAAAAAAAAAUCCUCUGCUGCGGUAUUAUCCUUUAGAGAUCUUAAUUCAGGGUGUGUAUUAGUCUAAUUGCGCUACUGUGUAACUGUUUGAUUUUAAUAUGAGAUUUGUUUUACUCAAGCUCUUAUUUUCAGUUUUCUGGUCACCUGUAUCAAUUUCAGAGUUAAUUCACACUGCAAGUUAUGGAAUCAUCUGUUUGGAUUGCUCAUCAAUUAGACUUGAUAAUGAAAUCUGAACUGUUACUGUUUUAAUACCUGUAGAUUUUUUUGUGGCUUUUAUUUCCUCCUGUUUUUGGUUCGUUUGCUUUUUUAAUUUUGUGCUACACUAGUUUGCCAUGUAGCAAUUGCACUGUGCAAUAUUUACAGUAUGAGGACUGGGAAAACUAACUCUAUGGAUGUGAUGUCUCUUUACAGUUUGCGAUAGUGUUUCCUCUCUAGUUCUCAGUGAUUUAGGUGUGACCAAGCCUUCUCUACUUUGUCACAUUAAGCGGGUUUUCCAGGUGACUCUUUUGGUGAGUGUCAAAAUAAGACUUUAUGGUGUAUUAUUGUUAAGAUUCACUUUGAAUUAAAAAAAAAAAAUCUAUUGAUGCA